AUGGACGAAGUUAGCUCGAUUCCUUUUCAAUCACCAGGUGGUGGUAUGUAUUGGAAACCUCGGGUUGAAGCUGAAUUUAAACCUUAUCUAAACCAAAGCUUCCGAUCACUAGAGGAUGGUAUAGAGUUUUACCGAGAGUAUGGACGUAAAAGUGGGUUUGAGAUCAGACGGCAUACAGAGAAGAAACAUGAGGACGGUACAGUUCUUCUUAAACACAUUGUUUGUAGUAGAGCUGGCAGCAAUGAAUCAAAGAUGGAUGUUGAUUUUGAGGAUUUUAGUAGCAUUUCGAAAAAGAGAAGGAGAACUGUAUCUAGUAGAUGUGGUUGCAAAGCUAAAGUCGUUUUUAAGUUCGAUGGUUUGAAAGGAUAUAAUGUUCUCUCAUUCGCUGAAGAGCAUUCUCAGUUUUUGGUGUCCGGGAGUGGGAAACAAUUUUUGAAGUCAAAUAGAGUUCUCGGUCUCGCACAUAAGAAACUUGUAUUUGAUGGUGCAAAAGCCAACAUGGGGCCUAACAAAACAUAUAACUUUGCUAAGGAGUUGUGUGGAAGUUAUUCUAAUGUUGGUGCUACGUGUACCGAGUUUAAAAAUUGGAGUAGGGAUGUGAAGCUUUAUAUUGGUGAUCGAGAUGCUCAAAUGAUCAUCGAGAAGUUCACGGAUAAGAAGGAGAUGUGUGAUGGAUUUUUCUAUGAUUAUGCAGUCGAUGAAGGGGGUCGAUUAACUCGCAUUUUUUGGGCAGAUGUUAUUGGUCGAAGAAAUUACGAUGUAUUUGGAGAUGUGAUAUCAUUUGACUCUACAUAUUCCACAAACAAGUACAACAUGAAGUUUGUUCCAUUUACUGGUCUCGACAAUUAUAAGAAGUGUGUUGUAUUUGCUGCAGGAUUGAUAGCUAAAGAGGACAUUGAUAACUAUGUUUGGAUUUUUGAGGUAUUCAUGAAAUGCAUGAUUCGCGAGCCAAAGUGUAUUGUUACAGAUCAGUGCCUUGCCAUGAAGCAAGCUAUACCAACCGUCUUUAGAGAAGCACGUCACCGUUUGUGCAUGUGGCACAUCAUGAAGAAAUUUAACCAAAAGUUGACAAAAUGCAUUUCGAAGAUGGAUGAUUUCAAGAGGAAGAUCAAUGCACUGAUUUGGAGUAUAGAUAUAGAUCCAGCAACAUUUGAAGUAGGUUGGAAAGAUGUUAUGAAAGAAUUUAAGCUUGAAAGUAAUGAAUGGUUGUGUGAACUGUAUAACAUUCGGGAGUCAUGGAUUCCAGCCUAUUAUGCUGAUGAUCCAAUGGCUGAAUUUUAUCUCCGAUACGAGAGUGCUAUGGAUAAGCAAAGACAUACAAAUGCAAGAUUAAACUAUGAAGGAACAAAGUCGAUGCCAAGAAUGGACACGCCAUUGUUAUUGGAGAGGGAUGCAGCAGAGUUGUACACUCGAACAAUGUUUUAUGAGGUACAGAAAGAGAUAAUGUCAUCCUGUUAUGAUAUGGGUAUCAACAGUAUAUCAGAAGAAGAUGGUGUGAAGAUUUUUUCCAUAAAGGACAAAAAGAGACAUGGAAAAAUAUUUGAGGUGAAACACGCUUAUUUGAACAAUGACGUGCAAUGUACGUGUAGGCUGUUUGAGAAAAUGGGUAUAGUAUGUAGACAUGAUUUUUUUGCACUGAACCAAGCUGAUGUAACAAAAAUACCAAGACAUCUUGUUGUGAACCGAUGGACAAAAGGUGCUGAGAUGAGGCAUUCAUUGCAGUUCAAGGAAAUAUCAGAACAGUGCAAUGCAAUUAAAGUUACAAAUCGCAAGUUGAAUGACAUAUGGUAUGAUUUCCAAUCCUGUGUGAGUUUGGCAGGUUUAGAUGGUAAGAGACUUGACUACUUGGAAGGGAAGUUGAAGGAGUUGAAGCACAGUUUGCGUGAAUAUAGUUGGAAAUCUGACACACAGAACAAAAAUGAUGUAAUGGAGUUUUUUGUUGGCUCAAAAAUACCACCUGAAGUGAUUGUUAAACCUCCCAUUGAAGGUAGAAACAAGGGGUGUGGACGGAGAAUUGUUGGUGAUUAUCAGAAAUCAAUUAGUCAACGAAAGAAGAAGGUGCCAAGGCUGUGUAAUAUGUGCAAAAAAAUCGAUUUCCAUGACGCACGGACAUGCCCAUUAAAGAAAACAUUACAGCAGAGUGAUGUUUAA